AUGGAGAAGCCAUUUCUCAUACUAAUCGGCCUCUGUGGCCUCCUUCAAAUUGCAAAUCCACAGGGGCAGCCAGCCGACCGUGGCCUGCGGACAAACCUUGGCCCUCCGAAGAACAUCCUCGGCGGCUCGUACGCGAAUAAUGUGACGCUAUUCUUUCGGAAUUCCCCGUAUCGGAUAGAGAAGGAUCUAAUCGUUGAGAAGGGAGUGACACUGACGAUAGAGACUGGCACUCAGCUUUUAUUCGACACGGGAGUCGGACUCAUCGUUCAAGGGAUAAUUCGAGCUGUCGGCAAUGAAUUUGCGCACAUCCAAAUGCUACCUUACAACCAGGAUUUCGAUCAGGAGUUUGACAUUCCUCGAUUUCGGCUGAUUGAUGGGCCCACUGUCAAGCAGGGUCGCCUCCAGAUGAAGAUCCACGAUCGAUGGAGGAGCGUUUGCACACAGUUGACAAAUUGGACGAGCGUCGAUUAUACGGUAGCCUGCCGGUCAAUGGGAUAUGCCGACGGAGGAUUCUGGCGUUGGUACCUUCGGAAUAACGACACAUUCCCGGCAGUGGUUCCCCGGCCAGACUGUCCGCCAAUGGCACCAAGUUUACUCGAUUGUCCGGGUCUAUCCGACGAGUCCAAAAUUCCAAUGUCCGAGAAUCUAUGCCAGGGUGAAGAUGAUGUCGGGAUGAUUUGUUGGGGACAACCGACAUUCAAGGGGUGGAGUCGACACUGGAAAGGCCUUCAAAUCCUGAAUUCCCCGUUCGGUUAUGUGAACGCGGAUCCGGAUAAUGUGGCAGUACAGAGAGAAUCAGCCAGUCGACUCGAAUGGAUCGAUAUUUUGUAUGCCGGAUAUGAUGGCGCCUCAAAAAACGCAACGCCGGCCCUGUACAUUGAGGGCGUGCCACCGCUGAUGAACGGUAUCCGCGUGGAAAGAAGUGGUCGUGAUGGUGUCUAUUUCUACGAGCCGAGUGGCCCGAUUUUGAUAGCAAAUUCGACGUUUUCCUUUAAUCGUGGCCACGGGAUUGCAAUCGACAAUACGACAGAUGGUCGUGCAUUUAUCAAUUAUACGAUGGUCGAGGGAAAUUUGGGUGAUGGAAUAUGGUAUCGACAGAAAGGGAAAGGAAGUAUCAAUGUUGGACUCAUUGAUCGAGUACAGGGCAGGACAAAGCGGCAGAUGCAGAUCAGCGAUUCUCUCAACCAGAUCGAGAUUCCGCAAGUGGACAUUUGCCAGAAUCACUCGGCGCCAACGGCCCAUUAUUUCCCAUAUCUACUCCGAGCCCUACUGGAAGAAAAUACGCUUCUGGACCCGCUAAUUCCCUCUCCUUGUUGGAUUACCGUAUCCCUUCCCCCACGGCUACCCUAUACAUAUUCUCUACAAUUUCUGAGCGUGAAAAAUAAGAAUCCGGAGGAUACGUAUACCUUUCUGAGGAUCUGUGAGGGAGGGCAUGAUCCACAGGUUGAGACAUGUCUUCAUGAGCUGGCAAAAGUCCCAAUAAUUGAUGAGAAGUUGCCACAAUCGCUCGCGAUACGCUCCUCUGGAAAACCUCUAAUGAUCUCGCUAAUCCACGAACUCGGCGGCGACCUUCAAGGAUAUGUCAAAUCUGCAGUCGACGUCAUCUUUCGAGUUCAUGCUUCUGUCCUAGACAAAGCCUACUACGGCCUCAACGUGACAAACUCGAUUAUUCGUGACAACAUCGGGAGUGGAAUCGAGGCAUGGGAUAUCAGAGACAGAACAGCACUCACUAAUGUCUCGAUACAAUCAAAUGAAGGACUGGCUGGACUGUUAAUAAGAGAUGGGGCUGCGGAUAUUUGGCUGAAUGAGACGAGAAUUGAUGAGAAUUGGGGUGAUGGAAUGAAUGUUUCGUAUGCUGGAGGGUCGAUUACGGUCAACGGGACCAGUUUUAGGAGGAAUCGAUGGAGGGGCGCCGCAUUCCACUUCAACGAAACGUCUCCAUACCUUGCCUUACACCACGAAAUCAUCUUCAAAGGCCGUCCGUCAAAUAAUAUUUUUUACGUCCCAACUCGUGUCAGUGAGAAUCUGUGGGGUGGAAUAUUGGUCGGCAAUUUCUGCUAUCCAGCCUACAGGAAUAUCGAGCCAAAGGUUCUAAUAAAUUGGGUUCAAUUCGGAAAGAACGUCUACCAUCCAGCCCUCGAAAUAUUUUCCUGUCAAUCGGAUCGGAUGGCCAAAUCGAUUGUGGAUGUGACGGGGAAUACAUUUGAAGCAAACGGCGGGAUGAGCCUCCGCAUGCUCCCACUCGUCAAUAUGCACGCCAUCAUUUCGAGUAAUCUAUUCAUGGCAAAUAACGACACAGCUCUACUCAUCAAAAAUUCGGCCCAUCCGUGGUUGGGGAAUCUGUAUGCAGAUGUGGCAAUAUCAAAGAAUGCCUUCAAAUUCAAUCGAGGACAAUAUAUCGUGAAUAUCGGGUUGAAUGAAGAUGCCCCGAAUCAGAAGAUGAUAUUCAAUCAACAGAAUGAAAUCAGGGAGAAUAGGGUAUUUAACCCGUAUCCGUCAUUACAACCGAGAAGUACACCUUACGCUGCGCUGGUCGUGUCGAGCAGCAACGUCAUCCUCCAUCGGAACUGCUUCAAGAACCCAGAAGCCGAGUACGAGAUCGCCACCGAGUUACAAGAACACGCAAAAUCCAUAGAUGCGAGGGAGAAUAAUUGGGGUAUCCCGUUCCCCUCCCAAUUCAUGAAGAAGAUCUUUGAUCAAUUCCUCCGCUACAGUCUCGCCUCAAUUGAUAUCGAUCCAUAUGCGGCUGUUUGUAAUCAAAGGAAUCCCCAUGUCACCAGACAACAAGAAUACUUCCGGCCAUUUCGACCGAAUGACGAGAGACCAUUCGAGAUUGGAGGAGUUGUUUUUGAGAAUAAUGACCUGCAAAAGGGACGAUAUAUCGUCACUUCGGAUCUUCAUGUUUCUCCUGGGGCUAGAUUGGGCAUUGCUGCCGGGAGUACUUUCGAAUUUGCGCCGAACGUUGGAAUGCUCGUUGAAGGUGAGAUGCUGCUGACAGAAUACCACGAAGGAGAUUGGACUCCAAAUGAGAAGACAGUCUUCACGGGACAAUCAUUUGAAUUGCCACUCAGCGAGAGAGUACGGUUGAUAGAUGAUGAUGGAAAUGAUCGGACCGUGGAAGGGAGAUUGGAAGUAUUCAUUGAUGGUCAAUGGGGUACUGUAUGCAACAGAUCAUGGACUGCACAACACGCACUUACCGUAUGCAAUCAGCUGGGCCUGUCAAUGGACCCGGAAUACUUUGAAAAUUGGCGAAUUUUCCCGCCAGCCGGCGAUCUGCCAAUGUUAAUGGAUAACAUCAGAUGUGAAGAGAAUGAAGUUGACAUCACAAAAUGUCGAUAUGAUGGAUUGUGGCAUAAUGUGGGGGCUGGGUGCAGAAGGACUGAAGUUGUUGGAAUACGGUGCGUCCCGCCACGCUGGGCGGGUGUACGAUACUCCCUCCUCGCCAACCCUCCAAUGGUCACCGGCCAGCCGACGAUGAAGAAUUGGCUCAUCGAGAAAGCCGGCCUCUUCGAUUUCCGGAAGCCGGAAUUUUCCGCCGCGCUCCAAGUCGACUGGAACUACCAUACGUUCAACAAUUUGGAGAUACGGGACAAUUUCUGGGAUGGGCUCGAUAUCGUGUACAACGAUUUGACGAAGAAGCCGACGAUCAGGAAUGCGAUCAUUCAUAAUAAUCGAAGGAAUGGCAUACGGUUACGGUCGAAUGGGUUGACCAUUGAAAAUGUAACAAUCUCAAACUCCGGGCUGGCGGGUGUCCACUAUAAUUCGAUGGUAUCGACGGGAUUACAGAGGGAUAUCGUCUCGUGGUUGGACCGGAAGGAACAGCCCGAUUUGGAGGCAAACAACGUCUUUGCCAUUCCCUCGAAAGACCUGGCUCGUCUCGAAGUUCUCGAGUCACAUCUCAAUCAACGUAAAUUCCUGGUGGCCAUGGUGAAUGGGGAUUGUCCAUUUGUAACCUACGAGGAAUGUGUACACGAGAUGAUAUUGGAAGCAUCGGGAUUCGAAUACGGGAUGGCCAGUCGAUUGGCUGUACAGAUUGUCAACCCGGCGAGUAAUGUCUCUGAUGAAGAAGCGAUAAUUACCGAUCCGAUCACCGGAAAAACCUACUCGGUGCGCAAGAACCAAAUCGAAUUCCCAGUCACUUCAAAAGGCCAAUCCCUGCACCUCCGCUACACCAGAAGUUGGGGCCAGCCAAAGAUGGUCUUGCUAGUGCUUUUCCUCGACGCCCAAGAGUACCUGGAUCGAUUUGUGCACGUUUUGGAGUCGCGGAUCGAUAAUAACCAAUACGGAGUGUCAUCAAUUCAUUACAACAAUCAGACGAUGUUUGACGGUACACUGACGAACAGAUGGUCUUAUGAGAAGCUAUGGUUCCAAAAGGUGAAUUUCACCCGGAAUAAGGAAGCUGUUCUCUGGAUGCAAAGUCCACAACAUAUCGUGCCGUGGGGAACACCGAUGGCUCAAAUAAUGUACCACAUCGAUAACUGCUCAAUUCACCACAAUUCUGGCCCUCUGGUCGAGACGCAUUGGGAUCUAUUUUCAUCGGCCAAUGUGUUCCACUGGAAUUUCUGGUCCAACACCUUUGCGAACAAUACAAAUUCUGGCGCAUCGGUCAGAUUGCCGGAUCCUUAUGAUGUGACGGCUAGACAUCAGGGGCACACGUUUUUGAUGACGGAAAAUCGUUUCGAGAACAACGAAGGUCUCCGUAUCCUCGUCGACGGUUUCCAUUCCUGGGUCAAUAUAUCUUCCAAUAAUUUCACCCAAAAUACUGCCCGACUGGACUCUGGAUUGUAUGAAUUGGCCGGGAUGGAGAAGGACAUCAUCUUCGAGAGGAACAGAUUCCAUGGCAAUUGGGGCCAUUGGCUGCUGAAAAUGAACAUGGAAAGUCAGAGCGUGCGCAAUGGAUCGAAAAAUCUUCCAGCCUGGAUCCAGUACAACUAUUUUGAAGGAAAUAGGUUCAUCAAGGACGACGGUGAAUUCGUGGAUAUGUGGCCCCGUUCGUACGCUGUCGGAAUAUUUGGGACUCAACGAGCCGACGUUCACUUCAACCGAUUGCGCAACGUAUUGAUGGACUUUGAGCUGGUGGCCGGGUGUACGCCAAUUCGCGUGCUGGACGAGAUGAAUGCCACGUAUAAUUGGUUCGGAUCUGGGAAUGAUGCCGAAGUGGCGCAGCGGGUUUUUGAUUUGGCCAGU